UGUGACAGAGCGCCCAGAUAGAAAUAUACUGCGUAGAACAGACAUGAUUCUAGUAUUGAUUAGCUUCUAUACAUGACAUUUCUUUCUGUAACGUUUUUACCGUUGCACUCCAAUUCUAUUCCUCAAGGGCUUCUGUCGGCGUGCACUUUCAUCCCUGUCUAGUCUACUCACCUGAACUGAUCAAGUACUGGCAUGGAUUUGCCAUCAAUUUGUCCACACUUACCUACUCUGACCAUAAAUCAGACAUUGAUUAAAAUAGCGGUGAUUUAAACCAGUAGACACUGCAGCCCUAGAAGAAUCAGAGUUGGUGAUUCUGUGUUUAUCUCAUCCUCUCUAGUCUGGUGUUUCCUGGUCCUGGGGUCCCAAAAGGAUGCACGUCUGUUUUUUAUAUAUAUAUAUAUACCUGAUUCAAGUUAAAGGCUUGACGAUUAGUUGAAUCAGAUGUGUAGUACUAGGGUAAAAAGCAAAAAGUACACUCUUUUGGGUCCCCAGGGACAGCAUUGGGAAACACUGUUCCAGACUGCAAACAGCUGUAUUGACUCUGUUGUAUGUGGCGCCCCCUGCAGGUCGUAUAGUGCAAGGAGGACCAGGGGGUCGUGGAGCAGUGGUAAUGGCAGGGAAUUACGGGCUGGGCGAGGCCACCCAGGGCAUCACUAAGCUGGACCUGCGGGAGCAGGAGCUGCUGGACAUGGAGGUGGCCCGGAAACUACAGGAAGAAGAGGUGAAGGCAAGCAAGAUGGACAAGCGUGCGGCCCAAGUGGCUCAGGAUGAGGUGAGUGGACGGCCGGCUGCUUCUCUGUCUGGAACAGUCGUCACUGACCGACUCGCUUUCUCACGCUCUCUUUCAUUUUCUCUCACUCUCUUGCCCUGUCUGUCAAGUCUCAACUUUUGACACAUCAACGAAGCAAGGUACUGAGUGUAAAAGUUGUUUACCUUUGUUAAAUAAAUGAUGUCCCUUGGUCCAUUC